AGAAGAACAAAUUCGGAACCGGAAUGACGUCACUGACAGAAGGACGGGCUGUUUGGUUCAGGGUGUUGAGCUAGCGCAGGAAAGAUGCUGACCAAUUUCUCUAACGUGCUGAGGGUUUGUGCUCAGAGAAAUGGAGCUGCAGCGGUGGUGUCCGCACGCACAUACGCCGACUUCACAACGCAGGCUACCUUUGAAAUAAAGAAAUGUGACAUCCACAAGCUGGAUGAGGCUCCGGCCACUCAAGUGGUUAUGACUCGGGAUGAGGGGCUGAAGUACUACCGCGUCAUGCAGACCAUAAGGCGUAUGGAGCUGAAGGCAGAUCAGCUGUACAAGCAGAAGAUCAUCAGAGGAUUCUGCCACUUGUAUGACGGCCAGGAAGCCUGUGCAGUUGGUAUUGAAGCGGGAAUUAACUUGACGGAUCACCUGAUCACUGCGUACCGCGCCCACGGCUACACCUACACCAGAGGAGGGACGGUGAAGGAGAUCAUGGCUGAGCUCACUGGCAGAAGAGGUGGAAUUGCAAAGGGAAAAGGAGGCUCAAUGCACAUGUACACCAAAAACUUCUAUGGAGGAAAUGGAAUUGUUGGAGCUCAGGUUCCUCUGGGGGCUGGUGUGGCUCUGGCCUGCCAGUAUCAGGGCAAUAAUGAGCUGUCUGUCAGUCUCUAUGGUGACGGCGCAGCCAACCAGGGUCAGAUUUUUGAAACCUACAAUAUGGCAGCACUUUGGAAGCUCCCCGCCAUCUUCAUCUGUGAGAACAACAGGUAUGGCAUGGGCACAUCAGUGGAGAGAUCUGCAGCCAGCACAGACUACUACAAGAGAGGAGACUACAUUCCUGGACUCCGGGUGGACGGGAUGGAUGUUCUGUGUGUUCGGGAAGCCACCAAGUUUGCAGCGGAUCACUGCCGGUCCGGAAAGGGUCCCAUGCUCAUGGAGCUUCAGACCUACCGCUAUCACGGACACAGCAUGAGCGAUCCUGGUGUCAGCUACCGCACACGUGAGGAGAUCCAGGAGGUCCGUGGGAAGAGUGACCCCAUCUCCUUGUUGAAGGACCGCAUGCUCAGCAACAACAUGGCCAGCGUGGAGGAGCUCAAGGAGAUCGACGUGUCGGUGAGGAAGGAGAUCGAAGAUGCUGCUCAGUUUGCCACCACGGACCCUGAACCCCCGCUGGAGGAACUUUGCAACCACAUCUUUUACAACGAUGCCGACCUGGAGGUGCGCGGCACCAACCCGUGGACGACGCUGAAGUCCGUUAGCUAAAGCUGUGGCGCCCGCUCUCUUCAUCACGUCGUUCAACCAGUAAUCUAUGAGCUGCCCCUCGCAAAGAUACACAAGCAUCACACAGCGUGCGCUAAACUAGAGCCCCGGACCCACAGCAGGAACCAUCAACGAGUACAUUUAUUUCAGUGCUGUACACUGGGGCCACAUUCACAAAAAAUGUUCCGAGGAUAAAACAAAGGACACUCAACUGGAUAAUAAUAAGUCGGCCCCAUAUUUAUUUAUCAUUUUAGAAAAAGUAAUAGCCAUCCCACCACAUUGUAUAGCUUUUUUUUGAUCUUUACUAAUAACAAUUUCUAUCCCUGCAUUGAAAGUAGAUGCACCAAAUGAGUGAGUGAUCAAUACAGGAGUAAUUAUUUUAAUUUUAGUGUGAAGAUCAAUUAAUUAAGCUUUUUUUAGGGAAUAUCGGUGCCUAUUAAGCAUCACGUCGGAAGGUAUUGUCAAUCUGGCCCCAAGUGAGUAUAUUAAGUAGAAUCAAAAUUUGCUUGUUUGAUGGUUUUGUCUGGUCACUUUUGAGGUGGAAUGAAGAAAAGUGUCCAUUCAUCACUGUUCAUCUCAUGAAGACACUGACCUGUAAAAAAACGGCUUUGUACUCUUUAGAAUGAAGUGUACAUGAUAAAUCAUUCGGUUCGAGUUACCUACUUCUUGUCAUUUUUUAUGUAACCCCUUGUUACAAAGACACCAUGAAAGGCAGCUGCCUAAUUACUUUAGUUACAAUCAACUUUCUCAAGAGGUCUCCAAAUUUUGUCUUUCAAAAUACUAUAAGCAAGGGUGUCUUGCCAAACCGAAGGUGCCUGGCAGAUCUUGUGUUGUUUGGAGGACGAACGUGUUCUUUUUGUCUUUGCGUCGCUCUCUAAGCCGAGCGGAAGCUGUUAUUCAUUUCCUGCUGUACGUGUGUGUAAAUACUCUCCACAAGCUGGUAACUUACUUUGCAAAAAAAAAUGGUGGAUGUAAACAUGAUGGCUUUUAGUCAGACCGCAUUCACCGAAGAAGCUUCACUGUUCGCAUCAAGUUUCCAAAUCAAAGUCAUUGGGUUAAGUAUUGUGGGUUAGUUAGCUGUAUUGGCUUCUUAAAGAUCUUAUGCUAUCGAACCACAUCAGCAGGGGUACAAUAAUGGCUUGAAUUCACACACAUACAGGGAGAUUUCUUCUUUUUUGUCAAGUACUUGUUAAAUAAAAAGAGAAAUAACUUUCACAGACAGGUCAAGUAGAAAAAACAACACCACUGUUGGCAGCAAGCUCCUAUGCUACUGUUAUGUCAUUAUAUUCUUAAACGAUGCUUUUAACCCCUUAAAGGGUAGAGGCAGGGCAGGGUAUUUUCUUUGUACGGUGAACGGUAUUUAAUUAAAUCAGAAGAUGGGCUAAAGUUGUAAAAUAUUGAUACAAGUGAGAAUACCCACAGGCGGAGUAUUUGUUACAGUAAACUGUUAUGUCGCCGCAGGCCGACACACAAAACAUUUAAUGUGCGUGUCUCUGUAAUAAAGACUGUAAGAUACUGAA